UCCUUGGUUCAUCGAGAAAGAGAUUGAGAGAGAGUAGCGGGUCGACGACGGGUUUAGUAACACAUAUAUUAUAAUAUAUACGAUGGAGUACCUGAAGGAUCGAGUUAGUCAUUGGGUUGUUCUCUGUGUCGUGUUGGUGGGUUCCUCAUUCAUCUUCAUCAACUGGUCUCCUUCCGCCUCUACCCUUCUCUUCCAGCUCCAGGAGCAGUGCGGCCCUCACCCGACAGCCUCUCCCAGCUCUAGCAAUUGCAAUACCAGUACCGCUGUAGAUGAGAGUUACAAGGACAAACUUGACGGAGUUCUGGCUGAGACUUCGAUGGAAGGCAAGAUGCUCAUAAUAGCCAUGUUCAACAAAGCCUAUGUGGAGGGCGAUAAGUCGAUGCUCGAUAUAUUCCUGGAUGGGUUUUGGUCUGGUGAAGGCACUCGUCCCUUUGUUGAUCACCUCUUACUUGUAUCCAUGGAUCAAACAUCAUGGGAACGGUGCAAGUUCCUUCGACUUCACUGUUACAGAAUCCAGACCACGGGGGAUGAACAUUUCGACAAGGAGGAGCUGUUCAUGUCAAGGGCAUUCAUCGAUAUGAUGUGGAGGCGGACUCUCUUUCUCAAGGAUGUCCUUACCCGAGGUUACAGCUUCAUCUUCACGGACACAGAUAUACUGUGGCUGAGAGACCCCUUUCCCAGGCUCAACGAAUCUGUGGAUCUGCAGGUCAGCGUCGACAGGUUCAACGGCAAGCGGUGGUCAGAACAGAACCCAAUCAACACGGGAUUCUAUAUGAUCCGGUCCAACAACAAGACCAUCAAAUUAUUCGAGGAGUGGUAUGCAAGGAGGAACAACAACUCGUCGUAUGGGCUGAAGGAGCAGGAUGUACUAGAGAACAUGAUGCAUGGAGGCAUGUUUAGGAAGUUGGGUCUGAAAGUGAGGUUUCUAGAGACAGUCUUCUUCAGCGGGUUUUGUCAGAACAGCAAAGAUAUCUAUGUGGUAACAACGUUCCAUGCCAAUUGCUGUCGCACCGUUGCGGCCAAGGUGACUGAUCUGACCGCCGCCCUCCGUGAUUGGAAGAGGUUCAAGGCCUCCUCUCCUAACCAGACAGUCCCAUUGCCGUUUCGAUGGUCCAAGCAUAAGGCGUGCGCCAAUACAUUUUAAUUAUAUAUAUACACAUAUGUAGAGAUAUGUAAUGUUCAUGUUGCAGCAGGCACACUGGAACUUUGA